GAUAGUGGAACCUCCUCCUACCCCACAGAACGGGCUGCCUGCACCUCCACCCCAGCCGGAUAGUGGAACCUCCUCCUACCCCACAGAACGGGCUGCCUGCACCUCCACCCCGGCUGGGCCGCCUGCCCGGGCUGCGCACCAGGGACACAUGCUGGCUGGUAGAACAUACAUGUGCAGGACAGGACAGAUCGAAAGAGGCUGCAGGAAAAUGGCUGGAAACCAAGUCAUCCUGGUUCUGUUCUACGGAGAAAUCUGGAAGUCCCUUUCAGCAGCAACACCCCUCCAGGCGGCCGCGAGUCAAAGAAACGCUUACAGCAGCACCGGCAGCCCCAGCGAGGACAAAGCUCCUCCGCACCCGCGGCAAGAAACGGGGCUGAUCUUGCCCAAGGCUGGGGGCGCACCGGCGGUCACGGCAGCAGCCCCGUUCCCCGAGGCGUCCCCAGAGCCCAGCGACAGCAGCUGGGUGGCAGCUCUCAUCAUUGGCAUCAUCUUGACCAGUAUGCUAACAGCCAUUCUUAUAAUUGUUCUGUGGAAAUGCUGCAAGAGGCCAGUUCCAGUUGAUUCCAACUGGGCAGGGCGUUCUCCGUUUGCAGACGGAGACACACCAGACAUCUUCAUGGACCCUGACCAGGCUACCAAGCGCUCAUCAGUUUUAUUUAUGCUGCCUUGGAAACUGAAACAGGACACAAACUCACAGCAGGACCCCACUGCACCAGAGAAGCCCCCCGGCUGCAGGAGCAGAAAGGAGAGCGGGGCCGGCUGCUCCGGAGCCAGCGCUCCCCGGCCCAGCGCCGACCCGCCGCCCUGCUCGGAACCCCCAGCCGGGGCACCCCACUUGGAACCUCCAACUGGGGCACCCUGCUCGGAACCUCCAACUGGGGCACCCUGCUUGGAACCCCCAACCGGGGCACCCCGCUCCUGCGCUGCCCUCGCGGCCCCUGAGUCCCCAGACCUGCCACCUCCACCAGACUGGCUCAGGGACCCCACUGAGGACCAUGCUCCUGAGCCCAGCGAGGGCCAGGAGAGCCACUCGGGACCAGAGGAACCGCUGCCCCCACCACCCGAGUCACCGAGCCAAGAGAUGCACGAGCCACCGCCCCAGCUGCUGCAGCCACAACACCCUUUGUAGACGGCAAAACUGCUACUUCACUUUUUUGUUAAGUGAACUGUUCUUCAAACAACUAGAAAAAGAAGAAGCUGAUGCAGGCAAGAACAGCGAGACCACAGCACGGGCAUUUCCCCGGGGUUUUGUAACUUGAGCUUUCACAAAAGGGAACAACCUGCUUCUGCCUGAAACAAAUCAUUUCAAAAUCCAACCUGGGUU